CUAUCCUCCUAUACUCUCUCUCUCUCUCUCUCUCAUAUUUGUAAAAAGUUUUUUUUGCUUCUCUCUAAUAUUUCAAGUUUCAAACUUUAUUGAGUUGUGUUGUGUAUGCACACAAAAAACACUCUGCCUUCUUCUGCCAUUGUAUGAACUCUCUGGUCUCAUCAAAUUCAAUCCAAAAACAAAGAAGAAAUGAUUGGAUGCAAUUUAGUGAUAAAGAAGAAGAAGAAAACAGAUUGGCUUAACACUCUUUUGAGACUCAAAUUCUUUGACUCAUGUGUUCAUCAUCAAGAAUACCGGAAGAAUGAGAAGAAUUUGUUCUGCAUAGACUGUAAUCUUGGCUUUUGCAGGCACUGCUUAACAGCUCAUUGCCUCCAUAGAAGGCUUCAGAUCUGCAAAUAUGUUUAUCAUAAUGUUGUUCGUCUUCAAGACAUGCAGAAACACCUUGAUUGUUCUAAAAUUCAGACAUAUAAAAUCAAUGGUGAAAAAGCUGUUCAUCUAAAUCCAAGGCCUCAAUCCAAAGAUGCCAAACCAUCAACUAAGUCUGUCUGUGCUGGUUCAUGUGAAGCUUGUAAGAGAUAUAUACAAGACCCUCCUAAUAGAUUUUGCUCCAUUUCAUGUAAGAUCUCAGUAGUUCCAUUGAAGCCUAAAGACCACAACAACCAGAGUAGUUUCAUAACAGUUUCACAAUAUGAAGAUUUGUCAUGCAAAGAAAAAUCCAUCUCUGAAACAAAUUUGAGUGAAAUUGAAUCAUCUCUAUCACUGGCUGAGUCAUCUGAGGAAAUUCAAGCUUGUUGGGUUAGUUCACCAUUGAAGCCAAGGAAGCUGCUGCGCAAGAGGAAAGGCAUACCUUUCAGAGCUCCUCUCUACUGAAAUCAGAUCAUGACUAAACUUUUCCCAUCAUACUUUGAUUUGUCACCCUUUUUUUUUUUUUUUUUUUUUACAUUUUGGUAAUCAAGAAAAAAAAAAAGCAAUAAGAAAAAACCACAGUUAAGUUAUUAAUAUCUAUUUAAUGAUAAAAAAAUCACUACUCCCAAGCAGACCCCCAUUUUGGAAUUUAGUUGGGGUUAGUUGAGGACUUGAGAGAUAUUGUCUGAUGUGAGUUCUUUGAUGUUGUACAGCAUAAAAAAGAAGAAAUGGUAAUGGUGGAAGCUUUUGGUCUAUAA